AUGGAUUUGGAAGCACAAAAUCAUUCUUUGCGUCAAACUGUUGAUAGCCUACAUCUGAAGAUGGCCGAGCGCUCUGAAGAGUAUCAGAUACUGAAAAAUUAUGCCGAUUUCUUACACUAUCAACUUACUGCACUUCAAAAUUCAAGUAAGAGGAUAACACAAGAAUAUGAGUCAUUGAAUACAGAUUACGUGCAAAUGAAGGUUGAUUAUGAUCUGCACACGAGAGAUUUCCAAGUGCUAGUGGAACGUGUAGAUCAGACAAUCGAAUUUCUCAGAAUGGUGUCCAAAAGAGCAAAUGGUUUUGCAGAAUGGGCAGAACAUUUGGAAGCUCAGGCUAAAAUUCAAGACAUGGAACAAAACGAGAACACUCCAGCUAAGCAAAAGUUAGAUGUUUUGGAAGAAAGGUUGCGAGCAAUUGAAGAGACUGAUGUCUAUGGAAAUAUAGAUGCAACACAAUUGUGCUUGGUGCCAGGCUUGAUCAUUCCAGCAAAGUUUAAAGUUCCUGAAUUCAAUAAAUGUGAUGGAUCAACGUGUCCAAGGAGUCAUCUUAUAAUGUACUGUAGAAAGAUGGCGGUGCAUAUUAAUAAUGAUAAAUUGUUAGUCCAUUGCUUCCAGGAUAGCUUGACUGAUCCAGCUAGUCGAUGGUAUAUUCAAUUAGAUAAUGCACACAUUCACGUUUGGAAGGACUUAGCUGAUGCAUUUCUAAAGCAAUACAAACUCAACAUUGAUAUGGCUCCAGACCGUUUAGACUUGCAACGGAUGGAGAAGAAGAGUUCGGAAAGCUUCAAAGAAUAUGCUCAACGAUGGAGAGAUAUGGCUGCCGAGGUUCAACCACCGUUAACAGACAAAGAAAUGACAUCUAUGUUUAUGAAUACCUUGCGGGCUCCAUUCUAUGAGCGAAUGAUUGGUAAUGCAUCAACAAAUUUUUCUGAUAUUAUUGUUAUUGGUGAAAGAAUUGAAUAUGGGAUAAAACACGGGAGGUUAGCAGAGGCUACAACUGAAUAUGGUGGAAUAAAGAAAGGAACAAUAUCCAAGAAGAAAGAAGGAGAGGUUCAUGCAAUUGGUUUUCCUAAUUCAGGGAAGCACAAAUCAAUUUUUGGUCAGAGAAAAUAUGAGCAAAACUUUCCGUCAUAUAUAAACAAUGUCUCUCAUAUCCCUUAUAAUAGCUAUGUACCAGUCCAUACCGUCUCUGAAACUCCAAAACCCGUUAACUCAAAUUCUCCUCGACCAUUUGUACAGGGUCAAGGUAGCAAAACCAAUUCAGAUACAUGGCGGUUUGAUCCGAUUCCCAUGACUUAUACAGAGCUUUUACCUCAACUAAUUCAAAAUCGACAGUUAGCUUCUAUUCCAAUGAUUCCUAUACAACCUCCUUACCCAAAAUGGUAUGAUUCAAAUGCUCGAUGUGAUUAUCACGCUGGGGGAGUGGGACACUCAACUGAAAAUUGUUUGGCUUUGAAAAGAAAUGUGCAAUCUCUAAUUAAUGCUGGAUGGUUGAGCUUCAAAAAAUCUGGUGAGAAGUCGAAUGUCAAUGAAAAUCCACUGCCUGAUCCUGAAAAUCCAAAAGUUAACGUUGUGGAUAGCCUUGUUGAAAAGUGCAAAAAUGAAGUCCAUGAGAUAGUGAUGCCUAUGGAAGCAGUUUUUGGUCUUUUUGAAGCAGGAUAUGUUAGUCAUGAAUAUCUAGACCCCAACAUAAGAUAUGAAGGGUAUGAUGAAAGCAGACAUUGUAGAAAAAAUGAGAAAAGAAAUGCGAAAGAGCAUUGCAAAGACCAAGAUGUGGAGAUUCCUAUCAUUGCAAAAGAUAUAGAAUACAAAAAGCUUGUCACAGAUGAGGAAGCAAAUGAAUUCUUGAAAAUAGUAAAACAAAGUGAGUACAAGAUCAUAGAGCAAAUGCAUCAUACUCCAGCUCGAAUUUCUUUAUUAUCGUUGUUUUUGAAUUCAGAGCCUCAUCGCAAAGCGUUAUUAGAUAUUUUGAACAAGGCACAUGUCGGACAUGACAUUUCAGUGGAAAAGUUUAGUGGAAUUAUUGGAAACAUUACAUCUUCCAAUUCCAUAGUCUUUACAGAUGACGAAAUUCCUCCUGAAGGCUUAGGCUAUACAAAAGCACUGCAUAUUCAAUUGAAGUGCAAAGACUACGUCAUUGCAAGAGUUUUAGUGGAUAACGGAUCAGCUCUCAAUAUAAUGCCUAAAUCUACACUAUUGAAGCUUCCCGUGGAUAUGUCACACAUAAAGUCAAGUACUAUGGUUGUGAAAGCUUUCGAUGGGUCACGCAGAGAAGUAAUGGGUGACAUUGAACUACCAGUUAAAAUUGGCCCAUGUAUUUUCAACAUAGUCUUUCAAGUCAUGGAGAUAACACCCACAUACAGUUUUUUAUUAGGACGUCCUUGGAUUCACUCCGCAGGAGUGGUGCCAUCCACAUUGCAUCAAAAAUUGAAAUUUAUUGUUGGGAGUAAGUUGAUUUGCGUGAUGGGAGAGGAAGAUUUCUUAAUAACAAAGCCAGUCUCAACUCCAUAUGUUGAAGCGACGGAAGAAGCAUUAGAGUGUUCUUUUUGCUCUUUUGAAAUUGCUCAUGCAACUAUGAUGGAAGCAACUGUAGAUGAAGUGAUAAAGCCACACAAGUCUAAAGUUGAAGUUAUGACCACUAGGAUAAUGGGAGGUGGAGGAUAUUCUUUGAAUAAAAACUUAGAGACACUUCUAAAAAUACCGAGCAAUGAUGGGAGGUUUGGUUUGGGCUAUAAGCCAUCCAUAUAUGACAAGAUUAGGCUUCAGGAGAAAAAGAAGAAAAAGCGUUUGGCAAAGCUGGAGAUGAGGGAGUUUGAUCCAAGUAUAAAACUUAUACCAGAAUUAUAUGAUACUUUCAAGAGUGCUGGUAUAAGUUAUUCAUCAGACAACUCUGAUUUGAAGGAUGAUUUAUUAACGAAGAUGGAAUGUUUAUCAGUUGCAGCAGUGGUACAAGAAGCAUCAUUUGAAGGCAACACAGUUUAUGCAUGUCCGCCUGAUUUUGAGCUUAACAAUUGGGAUAGUGUAGAUCUACCUACAUUUUCAAGAGAUUUUCAAGAUUCUACCCUUGAUGCCUUAAUAUACACUAUGGAAUCUGACAAGGAAAAUGACGAUGAAGAUGAUGUGGGAAUAUCCUCAGAAUUGUUAAGAAUGGUAGAAGAAGAAGAUGAGGUUCUUGGUCCUCACCAAGAACUAGUUGAAGCAAUCAAUUUGGGUUCUCAAGAGGAGUCAAAAGAGGUAAAAAUUGGCACAUCAUUGACCAGAGAAUCACGAAAAAAACUGAUCAAUUUGUUACGUGAGUAUUCAGAUAUUUUUGCUUGGAGUUAUCAGGAUAUGUCAGGAUUAAGUACGGAUAUUGUAGUACACCGAGUUCCUUUAAAACCAGAAUGCAACCCAGUAAGAAAAAAGCUACGUAAAAUGAAACCUGAUGUACUAAUUAAAAUAAAGGAGGAAGUACAGAAGCAAAUUGAAGCAGGAUUCCUCACAGUCUCGAAAUAUCCUGAAUGGGUGGCAAACAUUGUUCCAGUGCCCAAAAAAGACGGAAAAGUCAGAAUGUGCAUGGAUUAUAGAGAUUUAAAUCGAGCCAGUUCAAAAGAUAACUUCCCUUUACCUCAUAUCGACAUGUUGGUGGGUAACACUGCAGGAUACUCAACUUUCUCCUUCAUGGAUGGUUUUUCAGGAUAUAAUCAGAUCAAAAUGGCUGAAGAAGAUAGAGAAAAAACGACAUUCAUUACCCUUUGGGAAUUCUGUUACAAAGUAAUGCCUUUUGGUUUGAAAAAUGCUGGAGCAACGUAUCAGCGAGCAAUGGUUACACUUUUUCAUGAUAUGAUGCAUAAAGAAAUAGAGGUGUAUGUUGAUGAUAUGAUUGCAAAAUCCAAGACAGAUGAAGAUCAUACAACCACACUCCAAAAAUUAUUUGAUCGGUUGAGAAAAUAUCAAUUGAAAUUAAAUCCAUCCAAAUGUACAUUUGGGGCAACUUCGGGAAAGCUACUGGGAUUCAUCGUCAGUGAAGAAGGGAUCAAAGUGGACCCAGAUAAAGUAAGGGCUAUCAUGGAAAUGCCAUCCCCUAAAACAGAAAAAGAAAUUCGAGGUUUUCUGGGAAGAUUGAACUACAUAUCCAGAUUUAUCUCACAUUUAACACCAACAUGCGAACCAAUCUUCAAGCUCUUACGUAAAAACAACCCAGGAAAAUGGAAUGAGGAUUGUGAAGAAGCUUUCAACAAAAUUAAGCAGUAUUUGUAGAGCCCACCAGUACUGAUACCUCCAGCUCCAGGACGACCGUUAAUCUUGUAUUUAACAGUAUUAGAAAGUUCCGUGGAUGGUGUUCUAGGACAACAUUUAUCAGGGAAGAAGGAGCAUGCCAUUUAUUAUUUGAGCAAAAAGUUUACCGAUUAUGAAUCUAGAUACUCAAUGUUAGAGCGAACUUGUUGUGCUUUGGUAUGGACCGCUCAUCAUUUGAGGCAAUAUAUGUUAUACCACACGACAUGUCUUAUUUCAAAAAUGGAUCCAAUAAAAUACAUUUUUGAGAAACCGUCAUUAUCUGGAAGGAUUGCAAAAUGGCAAGUUUUAUUGUCAGAGUAUGAUAUUGUUUAUGUCACUAAAAAAGCAAUAAAGGGAAGCGCAGUUGCUGAUCAUUUAGCUGCUCAACCAGUAGCAGAUUACGAACCUAUGAGAAUUGAUUUCCUGGAUGAAAACAUAUUUCUAGUUGAAAAGAAUGCUAGAGAUCAUGAGACAUGGACUAUGCUUUUCGAUGGUGCCUCAAAUGAGUUGGGACAUGGGAUUGGAGUUGUGCUAAUUUCUUCAGAAGGAAAGGUUUUCUCCCUAACGGCCAAGUUAUGUUUUGAAUGCACUCACAAUAUCGCUGAAUAUGAAGCUUGCAUUAUGGGACUUCAAGUAGCAUGGGAUAUGAGUAUUAAAAAGUUGAAAGUUUUGGGUGACUCGAUGUUAGUGAUACAUCAAGUCAAGGAAGAAUGGGAAAUAAGAGAUGCUAAAUUGGUACCUUACAGCCAAUACGUUACUAAAUUGUCUCAAAAUUUUGAGAAGAUUUCAUUUGACCAUGUUCCUAGGGAAGACAAUCGAAUGGCGGAUGCAUUAGCCACUCUGGCAGUGAUGUUUGAUCUUAAUCUUGAAUUUGAACUUCAUCCAAUCCAAAUUACAAAGCGAGAUGUGCCAGCAUAUUGCAUGAAUGUUGGAAAUGAUAACAAGCCAUGGUAUUUUGACAUUAAGCAAUACAUAAAGUGUAGAGAAUAUCCAUAUGAAGCUUCAGAAAAUGACAAACGCACAAUAAGGAGGUUGGCCAUGAACUUUUUCUUAAGUGGUGAAGUUCUUUAUAAAAGAAACCACGAUAUGGUGCUCCUUCGGUGUGUUGAUGAAGAGGAAGCAAAACAAAUUAUGACAGACAUUUAUGAAGGAAUAUGUGGAACACAUGCUAAUGGACAUAUGAUGGCUAGACAAAUACUUAGAUCUGGUUAUUAUUGGACAACGAUGGAAUUAGAUUGCAUAAAAUAUGCAAGGGAAUGUAAAGAGUGUCAAAUUUAUAUGGAUAAGAUCCAUGUAGCAGCAUCUCCAUUGCAUAUCUUGUCAGCACCAUGACCAUUUUCUUUAUGGGGAAUGGAUGUUAUUGGACCCAUUGAUCCUAAAGCCUCAAAUGGCCAUCGUUUUAUUCUUGUGGCCAUUGAUUACUUCACUAAAUGGAUAGAGGCUGCAUCUUAUUGCAAUGUUACAAGGGGAGUAGUGCUCAAGUUUAUCAAGAAAGAGCUUAUAUGUCGUUAUGGUCUCCCAGAAGGUAUUAUUACGGAUAAUGCUAAGAACCUUAAUAACAAAAUGAUGGACGAACUUUGUGAGCAGUUCAAGAUCAAUCACCGAAAUUCGACUCCAUAUCGCCCAAAUAUGAAUGGGGCAGUUGAGGCAGCUAACAAAAAUAUUAAAAGAAUCUUUGAGAAAAUGACAAUAACAUACAAAGAUUGGCAUGAAAUGCUACUGUUUGCGUUGCAUGGAUAUCGCACGUCAGUUCGUACUUCAACUGGGGCAACACUAUUUUCUUUAGUUUAUGGUAUGGAAGUUGUUUUACCUUUAGAAGUUGAGAUAUCUUCAUUGAGAGUUCUCAUGGAAGCUAAGUUAGAUGAAGCUGAAUGGAUACGAGGUCGUUAUGAGCAGUUGAAUUUCGUUGAAGAAAAAAGGUUGGCAGCAUUAAAUCAUGGGCAACUUUACCUAAGAAGACUAAUGCGAGCAUACAAUAAGAAAGUGCAUCCUCGAAGCUUUCGAGAGGGAGAUUUGGUAUUAAAAAGAAUACUUCUGUUUCAAAAGGAUCAUCGAGGAAAAUGGACUCCUAAUUAUGAAGGUCCAUUUGUAGUGAAAAAAGCUUUUUCAAGAGGAGCUCUACUUUUGACUAAUAUGGAUGGCGUUGAGUUAAAAAAUCCUGUGAAUUCAGAUUAUGUUCGAAGAUAUUAUGCAUGA